AUGGAUUCCAGAGCUAUCCUCGAUUCCGCUUUGUUUCAACUCACUCCUACUCGUACCAGGUUCGAUCUGGUUCUGUUCUGUGGGAGUAAGAAGGAGAAGUUGGCAUCUGGGAUAUUCGAACCAUUCAUCUCUCACCUUAAAUUCGCAAAAGAUCAAAUCUCCAAAGGCGGUUACUCAAUUUCUCUUCAUCCUCCCACGUCUCACUCUUCUUGGUUCACCAAAUCCACUUUUGAUCGGUUUGUGAGAUUUGUGAACACGCCUGCGAUUAUAGAGAGAUUUGCGACUCUGGAGAAAGAGAUCUUGCAGAUUGAACAUUCUAUUCAAGCUAAUGAGAUUGCCAAUGCUGAACAGAUACAAGAGGGUAUUCAUUUCCUUGGCUUUUUAUUUAAUUUACUUGCCAAAGCUAUGGUUUCCUCUACUUGUAAUACACAGAAGGAGUCUGAAAAUGGCAAUGAGGCUGCAGGAGAGGAAACUUCCAAGAUUCAGCUUCAGCGUCUUCUUGAAACCAGAAGAACAUUGCUUCGGAGAGAGCAAGCAAUGGCUUAUGCACGAGGUGUUGUUGCUGGUUAUGAAAUUGAUACUAUUGAUGAUUUAAUACAAUUCGCUGAUGCUUUUGGGGCUUCACGGUUAAGGGAAGCAUGCGUGAAGUACAAGGAACUAUGGAAUAAGAAGCAUGGGGACGGUCUUUGGAUGGCGGAAUUAGCAGCUGUGAAAGCUAUUGCACCAGCAGACAUGUCAUUACUAGGUUCCUCAGGGAUUAUUCUCACCAAUGAAGGUGCUGCUCUUCCACUAAACGGAACAGACUCAUCUAACUCAAGCUCUGAAAACAAAGACCAACAAGCCUCUUCUGUUCCAAACUUUCAACCACCAAUGGGAUGGCCCAACCAUAUACCUCAGUACUAUUACCCGCCUCCAUACCAAGGCUAUCCAUACCCUAUGAUGCAACCUAUGCCAGGUCAAACCCAAGGAAACAUGCCAUGGCCUUCAAAGGGAAAGUCUUCCAAGAAAGAUGAGUCUAGUGGGUCUAGUGAAUCAAGUGAAUCUGACUCGGAAAGCGAUGAUAGUUCUGCUUCCUCUUUGGAAGAUCAAGGUAAAAGAGAUUCUCACAGGGGUAAAAAGAACUCUCGUCGGUCGUCAAAGAAAAACAAAAAGAAGUCAUCUAAAACUGUUAUCAUCCGUAACAUUAACUACAUAACCCCUGAGGGAAGAAACGGAGACAUGGAAGGGGGUGAGUUUGCUGAGAACGGUUCAAUCAAAGAGACUGUAGAUGCUGCUGUGGGGUUCCUCAAGGAAAACAGAGCUUAUGAGGGUGAUGAGAUUCUGAAGAGUUCAGCUGAAGCAAAAGGAAGCAAUGAAAAUUGGGAUUCUUUUCAGAAUAUACUGAUGAGACACGAUGAUGGUUCAGAUGUUCAUUCAAUGGAUGAGCAUUUCACACACAGAGGCUCUCAAGGUUUGCAAGGCAAUAAAAAUGGCUCUGGUGAUUCCAUAGUUUUAUCUCAGAAACACAUAGAAAAUGGAGGAGGUGGAGCGAGGUUUGAUCAGUUUGAAAGUGAGGGGUGUGCUUCAAGAACGAGGGAUUCAACAGAAGAGUAUAUGUUACUGCCGAAAAGAUCAGAAAUGUUCGGAGAUGAAAGCAAAGACUUAUCUAAUGCUACUACAUCAUUGGUGAAGAAGUCAGGGAGUGGAGAGGAUUGGUUUACUACUUCUCAUCAUGGUGGAGUGAAACCUGAAAGCAACUAUGGGAGAAUGUCAUUUGAUGAAAGCUGCAUUAUGACAUCUGGAGGAUCUGACCAGAUCAAGAAACAAGAAUUCGUUGAUGAUUCGUUUAUGGUCCAUUCAUCGUCGCUUACUAGUGAUGAUGUUUAUGAUUCUCGGUGGAGACCAGACAUGUCUGCAGAUAUUGACAUCGAUAACGGUCAGGCGAAUGAGAAGCGUGAGAUGUCUGGCUCAUGGGAACCAGAUGAUCUAUGUAUGAUUCCUGAACGUGAUUCAGGAGACUCGUUGGUCAAUGAUCAUUCCAUCGACUUCUCUGCUGAAGUGAACGCAAGGCUGUCGAGUAACGGAACAGCUCAGGAGAAAGAAGACAAGACCGUCUCCAGCAGUGAGAAGAAGAACAAUGGGAAGAACCCGGAAGCUCGUAAGUCUAGAACUCCAAUUAGAAACAGAGGUGAAGCCAUGUCCAAGACUGUAAAGAAACCGGUAGCAGCUAGCAGAACAAUGGCACAGAAGAGCAAGUUCGAGAAGGAAGAAGAGAUGAGGAAGAGAAUAGAGAAUCUUGUUUUGGAAAGGCAGAGAAGAAUCGCUGAGAGAUCAGCCGCGACUGCUUCUCGUAAAGCCUCGAACCGAGCUUCUUCGGUUCGUGAAAAGGCAACAUAGGAAGCUGAAGUGAAGAGGUUGGUGUCAGUUUAAACCGUCGGGAACAAGAGGCGAUGUGUUGCUGCGCCAAGUAAGGUGUACUUCAAUUUUUUAUAUACAUUCAUUAUGAAUAAGUGAGGUGACGGUGAUACUCCAUGAUUUUUCUUGUGUCACGAUUAUUUAUUUAUUAAUUUUUUUUUUCCGAAUAUUGGUUUGUAAUUAGUAUAUAUUUGUAUUCUGGUUUAGAGACUCCACCCAAAAGUGAAAAAAUUUAAUACAUCCCAAUUUGUUUCUUUUAACAGGUUGGCUCUUAUCAGUUAUUGAUGUAAUCUUAUAUAUUUAAACUAAUUUUUAC